AACACCCCAUCCACGUUUUGACUGACUAGCAAGUAUGCUUUGUCUCACUCUCACCUAAAUCCAUUCUCUUUUCCAUUCGCUCUUUUUUUCUUUCUUCCCUUUCUCUAUUCUCCUACAAUUCCCACCACAACCAAAUUCAUCGAAUGCUCUAUUUCCCUUUUGGAAACAAAGUUUCGCUUUACCCUUUGUUGUGUAAACUGAAUCAGUUGGAUUUUCCAAGCUCUCACUAACUGGGUACACUUGAAAAUAGUUCAGGGCCCCUAAUUCAACUUAAAGUUUUCAUUUUUAGCUUAUUUAUUAUAUGUGUCUCCAAUUCAGCUUAGAUUUUUAUAUAUGUUCCAAGUUCCAUCUUUGUUCAUUUAUGGAAGCAUAGUAAUAGUAUCUCUUAAGCUUUGAUUAUCAAUUUAAGAAUGAUACUUAGAGUUGUUUCUAUUGAUUAUUGCCUGACCAAACCCUAGUGACACAGGUUAUAGUUUUUUGUUUGUUUUAAACGUUAUUUAUUUAUAUGAACUGAUAUUUUGCUAUAUAAGAUUUGUGAAUAUGCUUAAAACAUAUGCAUUGAUGUCAUUUAUGUGAACUAUUAUUAUUUUGCUAUGUAAGAUUUGUGAGCAUGAAUAAAACAUAGGCAUUGAUGUCAGCUAUCUGUGGGCUUCCUAUCCUUGAGUGUGUUUAUUGUCUGGCUUGCGCUCGUUGGGUUUGGAAGAAGUGUUUGUACACUGCAGGCUAUGAGAGUGAAAAUUGGGGCCUGGCUACGGCACAAGAAUUUGAGCCUGUGCCUCGGAUCUGUCGGCUGAUCUUAGCUGUCUAUGAAGACGAUAUUCGUAACCCUCAAUGGGCUCCUCAAGGAGGUUAUGGCAUUAAUCCGGAUUGGGUUAUCUUGCGUAAGGACUAUGACAAUAACCAAGGUCGUGUUACUCCGUACAUGAUAUACCUUGAUCAUGAUCAUGCUGAAAUCAUACUGGCUGUUAGUGGACUCAAUUUGGGGAAGGAAAGUGAUUAUAUAGUUUUGCUCGAUAACAAGCUGGGACAGGCGGAAUUUCAUGGUGGUUAUGUUCAUAACGGGUUGUUGAAGGCAGCAGGGUGGGUUUUUGAUGCUGAAUAUGAGAUUCUCAGGGAACUAGUCGCUGAAAAUCCAUCUUAUAUGCUAAUAUUUACUGGGCAUUCUCUAGGGGCUGGGGUGGUGGCAUUGUUGACAAUGCUAGCAGUUCAUAAUCGAGACAAAUUGGGGAUAUCUAGAAACAAGAUAAGGUGCUUUGCAAUAGCCUCUCCUCGGUGCACAUCUCUCAACUUGGCUGUAAGAUAUGCAGAUGUGAUCAAUUCUGUUGUACUACAGGAUGAUUUCUUACCACGGACAACCGCUGCUCUAGAAGAUGUCUUCAAAUCACUUUUAUGUUGGCCCUGCUUAUUGUGUAUAAUGUGCUUAAAGGAUACUUGCACACUGGAGGAGAAGAAGCUUAGAGAUCCAAGGCGUCUGUAUGCACCUGGCCGACUCUAUCACAUUGUGGAGCGAAAGCCAUUUAGGAUAGGAAGACUUCCACCUGUCGUUAGGACAGCAGUACCUGUUGAUGGGAGGUUUGAGCAUUUAGUUCUUUCUUGCAAUGCAACUUCUGACCAUGCCAUCAUUUGGAUAGAGAGAGAAUCCCGACGGGCUCUCGAUUUAAUGCGAGAUAAAGAUGAGCAGCAUAUGGAGAUCCCAGAAGAGCAGAAGAUGGAGAGGCAUGAAUCUAUAGCCCGAGAACACAGUGAAGAGUACCAUGCAGCCCUUAAGAGGGCAGUUGCUUUGGAUAUUCCACAAGCAUAUUCACCUUCAUUAUAUGGAACAUUUAAUCAAAUUGAUGUUGGGGAGGAUUCUGGAAGAUCAAGUGUCCUAGGUUCCUCCUUGUCUCACAAAAAACGAGCACAAAAUUGGAAUGAAUUUGUUGGACGCCUGUUUGAUGUGGAUGAUUCUGGUCAUAUGGUGUUCAAAAAGACAUCUCCAUAAGAUAUUUCUUUCUAGCAAUGCUUAAUAAAGCAAUAUUUGCUUGUUCUUCUUC